AUGGGCUUCACCCUUCACUCUGUCUACUUCACUCUGAAGUUCAGUGUUCUGCUUGGCUCUCUGCUGGGGCUUUGCUUGGGCCUGGAGUUCAUGGGCCUUCCAAACCAAUGGGCCCGCUACCUCCGCUGGGAUGCUAGUACUCGAAGUGACCUGAGCUUCCAAUUCAAGACCAACGUCUCGGCUGGCCUGCUUCUCUACUUGGAUGACGGUGGUGUCUGUGACUUCCUCUGCCUAUCCCUGGUGGAUGGUCGUGUCCAGCUCCGUUUCAGCAUGGACUGUGCUGAGACGGCUGUGCUGUCAGACAAGCAGGUCAACGAUAGCAGCUGGCAUUUCCUGAUGGUGAGCCGUGACCGAAUGAGGACAGUACUUGUGUUGGAUGGGGAGGCCAGGCCUGGGGAGGUCCAGCCUCAGCGGCCCCACAUGGAUGUGGUCAGUGACUUGUUUGUUGGAGGGGUCCCAGCUGAUAUAAGGCCUUCUGCCCUGACCCUGGAUGGGGUGCAGGACAUGCCUACCUUCAAGGGGUUUAUCCUGGAUCUUAAAUAUGGCAACUCAGAACCUCGUCUUCUGGGGACCCAGGGGGUCCAGGUGGAGGCUGAGGGUCCUUGUGCUGAAAGCCCAUGUGAGAAUGGUGGAGUCUGUUUCCUCCUAGAUGGCCACCCGACCUGUGACUGUUCUGCCACUGGCUAUGGUGGCAAGCUCUGCUCCGAAGAUGUCAGUCAAAGUCCAGGCCUUUCACAUCUCAUGAUGAGUGAACAAGCACGAGAUGAGAAUGUGGCCACCUUCCGGGGCUCCGAGUACUUGUGCUAUGACCUGUCUCAGAACCCAAUCCAGAGCAGCAGCGACGAGAUCACCCUUUCCUUUAAGACGUGGCAACGGAAUGGACUCAUCCUACACACAGGCAAAUCAGCUGAUUACGUCAACCUGGCUCUAAAAGAUGGUGCGGUCUCCUUAGUCAUUAACCUCGGGUCAGGGGCCUUUGAGGCCAUUGUGGAACCCGUGAAUGGCAAGUUCAAUGACAACGCCUGGCACGAUGUCAAAGUGACCCGCAACCUUCGGCAGCACUCAGGCAUUGGACACGCUAUGGUUGUUUAUAAGAAUAAUGACAUCCGUCUGGAGCUGUCUCGGUUGGCCAGGAUUGGUGACACCAAGAUGAAAAUAUAUGGCGAGGUGGUGUUCAAAUGUGAAAAUGUGGCCACACUGGACCCCAUCAAUUUUGAGACCCCUGAGGCUUAUAUCAGCCUUCCCAAGUGGAACACCAAGAGAAUGGGCUCAAUCUCCUUUGACUUCCGUACGACAGAACCCAAUGGCCUCAUCCUUUUCACUCAUGGCAAGCCCCAGGAGAGAAAGGAUUCCCGGAGUCAAAAGAACACCAAAGUCGACUUCUUUGCUGUUGAACUGCUAGAUGGGAACCUCUACCUGCUCCUUGAUAUGGGUUCUGGCACCAUCAAAGUGAAAGCCACCCAGAAGAAAGCAAAUGAUGGAGAAUGGUACCACGUGGACAUUCAACGAGAUGGUAGAUCAGGUACCAUAUCAGUGAACAGCAGGCGUACCCCAUUCACAGCCAGUGGAGAGAGUGAGAUCUUGGACUUGGAGGGGGAUAUGUACCUGGGUGGACUGCCAGAGAACCGCGCGGGGCUCAUCCUCCCUACAGAGCUCUGGACCGCCAUGCUGAAUUAUGGCUACGUUGGCUGCAUUCGAGACCUGUUCAUCGAUGGACGGAGCAAGAACAUCCGGCAGCUGGCAGAGGUGCAGAAUGCUGCGGGGGUCAAGUCUUCCUGCUCCAGGCUUAGCACAAAGCAGUGUGACAGCUACCCCUGCAAAAACAAUGCUGUUUGCAAAGAUGGCUGGAACCGCUUCAUCUGUGACUGCACUGGCACCGGCUACUGGGGGAGAACAUGUGAGAGGGAGGCUUCUAUCCUGAGCUACGAUGGCAGCAUGUACAUGAAGAUCAUCAUGCCCAUGGUCAUGCACACCGAGGCCGAGGACGUGUCUUUCCGUUUCAUGUCUCAACGUGCUUAUGGCUUGCUGGUGGCCACCACUUCCAGGGAUUCAGCUGACACUCUCCGCCUGGAGCUGGAUGGGGGUCGUGUCAAGCUCAUGGUUAACUUAGACUGUAUCAGGAUAAACUGUAACUCCAGCAAAGGACCCGAGACACUUUAUGCUGGACAGAAACUCAACGACAAUGAAUGGCACACUGUACGGGUGGUGAGGAGAGGAAAAAGCCUUAAGCUUACCGUGGAUGAUGAUGUGGCUGAGGGUACAAUGGUGGGCGAUCAUACACGCUUAGAAUUCCACAACAUUGAAACGGGCAUCAUGACAGAGAAGCGCUACAUCUCAGUUAUCCCCUCAAGUUUCAUUGGCCACCUGCAGAGCCUCAUGUUUAAUGGAUUACUCUACAUUGAUUUGUGCAAGAAUGGUGACAUUGACUACUGUGAGCUAAAGGCCCGUUUUGGCUUGAGAAAUAUCAUUGCUGACCCUGUCACCUUUAAGACCAAGAGCAGCUACCUGAGCUUGGCCACUCUCCAGGCCUACACCUCCAUGCACCUCUUCUUCCAGUUUAAGACCACCUCAGCUGAUGGCUUCAUCCUCUUCAACAGUGGGGAUGGCAAUGAUUUUAUUGCAGUUGAACUAGUCAAAGGCUAUAUACACUAUGUGUUUGACCUUGGAAAUGGUCCCAAUGUCAUCAAAGGCAAUAGCGACCGACCACUGAAUGAUAAUCAAUGGCAUAACGUUGUCAUCACCCGGGACAACAGUAAUACUCACAGCCUGAAGGUGGAUAACAAGGUGGUCACUCAGGUUAUCAAUGGUGCCAAAAAUCUGGAUCUGAAAGGUGACCUCUACAUGGCUGGCCUUGCCCAAGGCAUGUAUAGCAACCUCCCAAAGCUUGUGGCCUCACGGGAUGGCUUCCAAGGCUGCUUAGCAUCUGUGGACUUGAAUGGGCGCCUACCAGAUCUGAUCAAUGAUGCUCUUCAUAGGAGUGGCCAGAUCGAGCGUGGAUGUGAAGGACCAAGCACCACGUGCCAGGAAGAUUCAUGUGCCAACCAAGGUGUCUGCAUGCAACAGUGGGAAGGUUUCACCUGUGACUGUUCCAUGACCUCCUACUCUGGGAAUCAAUGCAAUGACCCCGGUGCUACAUACAUCUUUGGGAAAAGUGGAGGACUCAUACUCUACACCUGGCCUGCGAAUGACAGACCCAGCACACGCUCAGAUCGCCUUGCUGUGGGCUUCAGCACGACAGUGAAGGAUGGCAUCCUGGUUCGAAUUGACAGUGCUCCAGGGCUUGGCGAUUUCCUCCAGCUUCACAUAGAACAGGGUAAAAUAGGAGUGGUCUUCAACAUUGGCACAGUGGACAUUUCCAUCAAAGAGGAGAGUACCCCAGUAAAUGAUGGCAAAUACCAUGUUGUGCGUUUCACCAGGAAUGGCGGCAAUGCCACACUUCAGGUCGACAACUGGCCAGUGAAUGAACAUUAUCCCUCAGGCAACACUGAUAAUGAACGCUUCCAAAUGGUAAAACAGAAAAUCCCCUUCAAAUAUAACCGGCCUGUAGAAGAGUGGCUGCAGGAAAAAGGCCGGCAGUUAACCAUCUUCAACACUCAGGCUCAAAUAGCCAUUGGAGGAAAAGACAAAGGACGUCUCUUCCAAGGUCAGCUCUCUGGGCUCUAUUACGAUGGCUUGAAAGUUCUGAAUAUGGCAGCUGAGAACAACCCUAAUAUUAAAAUAAAUGGUAGCGUCAGGCUUGUGGGAGAAGUACCAUCUCUCUUGGGGACAACGCCUACAACUUCCAUGCCACCAGAAAUGUCUACAACUGUCAUGGAAACCACCACUACAAUGGCAACCACCACUACUCGAAAGAAUCGCUCCACAGCCAGCAUUCAGCCCACAUCAGAUGACCUUGUUUCAUCUGCUGAAUGUUCCAGUGACGAUGAAGACUUUGUUGAAUGUGAGCCUAGUACAGAUAAGAGUCUUUCCACUUCAAUCUUCGAAGGUGGCUACAAAGCACAUGCGCCCAAGUGGGAAUCCAAGAACUUUAGACCUAACAAAGUCUCCGAAACUGGUAGGACUACUACUACCACAUCUUUGUCCCCUGAGCUGAUCCGCUCCACAGCUUCCUCCUCGUCUGGGAUGGUGCCCAAAUUGCCAGCUGGCAAAAUGAAUAACCGUGAGCUCAAACCCCAGCCUGAUAUAGUGUUGCUUCCGUUGCCCACUGCCUAUGAGCUAGACAGCACAAAGCUGAAGAGCCCACUAAUUACUUCCCCCAUGUUCCGUAAUGUGCCCACAGCAAACCCCACAGAGCCAGGAAUCAGACGGGUUCCGGGGGCCUCAGAGGUGAUCCGGGAGUCGAGCAGUACAACAGGGAUGGUCGUCGGCAUUGUGGCUGCUGCCGCCCUCUGCAUCUUGAUCCUCCUGUAUGCCAUGUACAAGUACAGGAACAGGGACGAGGGGUCCUAUCAGGUGGAUGAGACGCGGAACUACAUCAGCAACUCUGCCCAGAGCAACGGCAUGCUCGUCAAGGAGAAGCAGCAGAGCUCAAAGAGUGGCCAUAAGAAACAGAAAAACAAAGACAAAGAGUAUUAUGUGUAA